UUUUAUAAAAAUAUAGAGAGAGAGAGAGAGAGAGCUGUCUCACUCCGUCCUCCAGGGCCAAUGUGUGUACAGCGAAUAUCCACUGUGGGGUCAACGAUGCCAUAGGGUGUCCCCGACCACACCAUCGAGCAUAUCGCUAGAACUUCUAUCCAAGCACCAUCUCCGACUCAGCCGUAGCAUCAUCUCGCAUCUAAACCAGAGACUGCGACUAUGGGUAAUGGAGACUCCAAGGUGUCUUCUUCUUCUUCUUCAGAAAGUAAUAAAGGCUCGCGUCGUGCUCGCUUCAAAGAGCGUCUUCAUCUAGGCCGCCACUUCCGUCACGAUCGCCGUCCUAGGAAUGGCGAUGCCUCCUCUGAUUCCUCCUCUUCUUCUCUCAAACUCAUCUCCGCUGAUAACUUCGCCGGAAUCGCUCUCCUCACUCUCAUCAGCGCGGAGAUGCAGUUCAAGGAUAAAUGGAUUGCUUGUCUAUCUCUCGGAGAACAGGCAUUCCGCACAAACACUUCUGAUCAUACAGACAACCCGGUUUGGAACUCUGGAAAAAAACUUCUUCUGGAAAACAAUGGCCCUCAUGUUGCUAGGAUUUCUGUAUUUGAGACCAACAGAGUAAGAAGUAAUACUCUCGUUGGAUACUGUGAGAUUAAUCUGCUUGAAUUUCUAACCCAGGAUUCUGAUUCUGACAUUGAGGCAUUCAACUUGUUUGAUCCAUCUUCACCAGAUAAAGUGGUUGGGAAAAUUUCUCUUUCUUGUUCUGUGGAGGAUCCUGUUGAAACAGAGAAAGGCUUUGUUAAACGCAUUUUAUCUACUGUGGACUGUAAUGGAGAUGGUGUGCUUUCAUUUUCUGAAUUUUCUGACCUAAUUGAUGCCUUUGGCAAUGAAACAGCAUCCGUCAAGAAAGAAGAACUGUUCAAGGCAGCUGACAAAAAUGGGGAUGGCAUGGUUAACACGGAUGAAUUGGCUGACCUUCUUGCUUUCCAACAAGAAAAGGAAACAUUAUUGAAUUGCUGCCCUGUUUGUGGUGAGAUUCUUCAGGUUUCUGACAAGCUGAACACAGUAGUUCAUUUAACUCUAUUUGACGAGGGGACUGGAAAUCAGGUGAUGACUGGAGGAUUCUUGACAGAUAAACAGGCAUCAUAUGGGUGGCUCUUUAAACUGAGUGAAUGGGCCCAUUUCUCAUCCUAUGACGUUGGUAUACGCUCAGGAUCAAGCGCUUCUCACAUUCUGGUAUUUGACCGGAAGACUAAACGACUUGUUGAAGAAUUAAUUGAAAAGAUUGUUUUGUCAAUGAGAGCCAUUUAUCAGUCAAAAGUAGGUCUUGGCCUAAUAAAUGUAGGGGUGAAGGAAAUCCUGCAAAAAAUUUCCGAAAGCCAGGGAAAUAAGAUGAAUUCACCUGAAUCUGCAUCGGAUAUACCUAAAUUUAUUGAACUUUUUAAGGAUCAAAUUAAUUUGGCUGAAGUCAAGGAACCUUUGGACAAGUUUAAGACAUUCAACGAGUUUUUUAUAAGAGAGCUAAAGCCUGGUUCAAGACCCAUUUGUUCCAUUGAACGUGAUGAUAUUGCUGUAUGUGCUGCUGAUUGUCGUCUAAUGGCAUUUAAAUCAGUUGAUGAUAGUUUAAGAUUUUGGAUUAAGGGUCGGAAGUUUUCAGUUCAGGGCCUUCUGGGGAAUGAAAUUUCUUCUGCUGCUUUUGUUGAUGGAACAAUUGUUGUAUUUCGUCUAGCACCACAGGAUUAUCAUCGUUUCCACUUGCCAGUAUCAGGAACUAUUGAGCAAUUUGUAGAUAUCACUGGAUGCUUAUAUACAGUCAAUCCCAUUGCUGUAAAUAGCAAGUACUGCAUUUUCACUGAGAAUAAGCGUGUUGUUUCAAUAAUUUCAACUGUAGACUUUGGAAAGGUGGCAUUUGUUGCAAUAGGAGCUACGAUGGUCGGUAGCAUCACUUUUACUAAAAAGAAGGGUGAAUAUGUCAAGAAGGGAGACGAGUUUGGAUAUUUCUCGUUUGGCGGAAGCACUGUAAUCUGUAUUUUUGAAAAGAAUUCAAUAGCGAUUGAUGAAGACCUCCUAGCAAAUAGCGCUAGAUCACUUGAGACCUUGGUUUGUGUAGGAAUGAAACUGGGCAUCUCCACAAGGGGAUCUCCGGUUGCCUAACAAAUUUGGUGAUGAGCUCUUGCCAUUGGAUAUUGAAGAUGUUGUGGGUAGUUGUACGCAGUUUUAAAACUCAUUCAAAAUCAAAGACUUCUUUUGCUGGCUCUAUUUCUGGGGUUGAUCUGUUUGUGAAGAAGUGAAGAAAAAUCAGAGAAUUCUACAGCUUACGUUCCAAAACACACAAAUGAGGAGAGUCUCCUCACAAUCUCUUCAAUUGGUCCAUCAAAUUGUGCAUUGCGUCGAUAGUGAGAUGUUAGACUAUGUUAAAUUCGUUGUUUUGGACUUGAGCUCUUGCCCAAAUGAGCUUACAGUAGUAGGAUCUCUCAUGGGUUUUGUGAAAAGUUGGUGCUACGUGUGGCUUAAAUUCAUAUGAUCGAGAAAUAAGUUAACUAUGCUAGCAGUUGUAUAUAUGAGGAACAAGGGCUGGCUAGUGUGCACAUUUGCUUAGCCUAUCUGCAAUCACCCAGUUUAACAGUUCUACCAUGAAGAAUUUCUCUAAAUCAAUUUCAACUUAGCUUCA